AUGCGGCUUUUUCAGAUGUCUGAUGAUAAACUGAAAAAUUUACGGACAAUUGAACCAAUAGAUCCUGGUUCCAAACAAACUCGAUGGGACGCUAUUAAAAAUGAUGUCAAUAUGUUUAAAGAAGUAUGGAAGGCCAAACCCAUGAGUGAAACAUUAUGUAUGAAAGAAGCAUUUAUUCUAGGAAUACCUGGUAGUUUCAUAUGCGGUUUAGCCACGUUUUUACUCACAACAAAUCGUCGACGUGUGAUGCAAGUAUCGAUUAUCUCGUUACCGCUAAUAACAUUUACACGUUUUCAACAAUGUCGAUUACAAAAAAGUCAUGAACGAAAUGCGGCUGUUUUACUGCAAAAAUUACUUAGAGCAAAAACAUUGACAGAUGGUACAUCAAGACAGAAAGAAUAUGAGGAACUUUUACAACAUUCACGAACAGAUCUGUUGAAGAUGGAAAAAGAAAUUGAUCAACUCAUAGCAAAGCAAGAAAAAGGUUUAGAUUAG